AUGAGUCUAUUGUACAACCAAACGAGCAAACAGAUGCAGCAACUACGUCGAGACUUGAACUCUCUUCGGUCAAGUGUUACUAAUGCCAAGGAGAAUGAGAUAGGAUCAUCACUGUCAUUGAUUGGAGCUAUUUCAACUACGAUUACAUCUGUUGGACGACUACUUGGUGAUUUUGAAGCGUACGUUUCUAACCAAACUGAUAAAGAGGCGCAAGCGAAGAACCAAACAAGGCUAGACAAACUUAGAAGCGAGUAUGAAGACUCGAGAGUGGAGUUUGGCGACCUACGUACCCGUAGGGAAGAGAAGGUGAGAGAAAGCGAAAGGGUUAAGAGUGAAAAUGAAAGAAACAGCUUGUUUACCCAGAAUAUAGAAGAUAGAGCAGGAAUUGCCAGUGGCAUCAGUGAUAAUCCUUACUCUAUUGAGUUUCGCUCGAGCCGGAAACACGGUGCGUUGAAUGAGGAAGGCAACAGUGAUUCCAACGGUAUGAUGAUGGACCAGCAUAUGAAACUUGAUCGUAGCAAUGCAAAGCUAGACGAGAUUUUGGAGCUUGGACGACAUGCAUUUGAAGACAUUGUUGAGCAGAACGAGACCAUUUUGAGAGUGAAGGACAAGAUGAGCCAGGGAUUGACAACAUUGGGAGUGAGUCGUGAGACUGUUGGCCACAUUGAAAAGGUACUAUGGGAAGACAAGAUAAUUUUCUACGUUGCCGGGUCCUUGACGUUGUUUAUAAUGUGGUUAAUAUGGAAAUACCUUGGAUAG